ACCUGGUAGAUCCGGAUCCAGCUCCAGACUCCUGUGCAGACCCCGCAAGCGGCAUCGCUUGAGCUGUGCCACAAUUCCCGGGUUGCAGAGCAGAGCACAGCUCCCUUUGGGCGCUUGUACACGUGACGAAUUCGAUGUUGCAGGACGGGGCCUCUAGGAAAGCAGUCAGGGCUGUCCUGGAGGAUAACGCACGAGUAGGAUCGAGAGCCUCGGAGAAAGAGGAACCCUCCAGCAUCAGAGCCCCCCCUGCGGCGACAGGCCCCGAGCCUGAUUUGCCGUACGAAGCUCAACCCCCAGUUGCAGACCUAGGAUCUGUCUUUUCUCAGCCGACUGUGCUGUAGACGCGGGAAGAGCCCAGAAGGAUUUUCUCUCUUGAGUUCGGUGUCGGAGGCUGCGCUGGCGAGGCGGGGGGUGGGGGGAGACUGCAUGCACUUUGCCUUUAACAGGCUGCGGGCCAAGGCUCCCAGCUCGCAGGCAUAUAUGCAUUGGCAGUGUAACAAUAUCUCCACGUGAUUGCAAUGAAAGGCUUCGCAGAGAGGGAGGGAGGCAGGCAGGCAGGCGAGGAAGGCGCUCACAAAGGCUCCCAAGCGCCUCUAGGCACUCGCCCCGAGCCGGCACCAGCUGGGAUGUGAGGCUGCCCCCAGAGGUGCGGGGUCCCAGCUCACUCGCCUCGCCUGCUCCCAGCCCCGCCAGGUCCAGGGGAAACCUGCCCAACAUGCCCGAGCAGAUCAGCGUGUCGGAGUUCCUGGCCGUGACUGCCGAGGACCUCAGCUCCCCGGCCGCCUCGGCCUUCACCUCCAAGAUGCAGAAGUGCCGGGGAGCUGCCAGUGCCCUGGAAGAGAGCCUGGAGGGGGACCACGCCGUUCUCCAGAGGAUCAGGAAGUACGUGAAAGCGAUCCACGGCUCCGGGCUCACGCACGUGGAGAACGAGGAGCAGUACAGCGAGGCCCUGGAGAACUUCGGCAACAACCACCUGACCCAGAACAACCACGAGCUCUCCACGGGCUUCCUGAACCUGGCCGUGUUCACCCGGGAGGUGACGGCGCUCUUCAAGAACCUGGUGCAGAACCUGAACAACAUCAUCUCCUUCCCUCUGGACAGCCUGCUGAAGGGGCAGCUGAAAGACGGCCGGCUGGACUCCAAGAAGCAGAUCGAGCGCGCCUGGAAGGAUUACGAGACCAAAGUAGCAAAGCUGGAGAAGGAGAAGGAGCGAACGCGGAUCGCGGGCGUCAUCCAGACCGAGCUGUCGGCCGUGGAGAUCACCGAGGACACGCAGAAGGAGCGCCGCCUGUUCCAGCUGCACAUGUGCGAGUACCUGCUGAAAGCCAGCGAGAGCCAGAUGAAGCAAGGCCCAGACUUCCUGCAGAGCCUGAUCAAGUUUUUCCACGCGCAGCACAACUUCUUUCAAGACGGCUGGAAGGCGGCGCAGAACCUGCACCCAUUCAUUGAGAAGCUCGCUACCUCCCUGCAUGCACUGCAGCAGGCCCAGGAGGAGGAGGUGAAGCAGCUCACGCAGAUCCGCGACUCUCUUCGCAGCACCCUGCAGCUGGAGAACAAGGAGGAGAACCUGAGCAGGAAGAACUCGGGCAGCGGCUACAACAUCCACCAGCACCAAGGGAACAAGCAGUACGGGACGGAGAAAUCGGGCUUUCUCUACAAGAAGAGCGACGGGAUCCGGAAGGUGUGGCAGAAGAGGAAAUGCGGCGUGAAGUACGGGUGUCUCACCAUAUCGCACAGCACGAUAAACCGGCCUCCCGUGAAGCUGAACCUGCUGACGUGCCAAGUGCGGCCGCACCCCGAGGAGAAGAAGUGCUUCGACCUCGUGACCCAUAACAGGACAUACCACUUCCAGGCGGAGGAUGAGCAGGAAUGCCUCGUCUGGGUGUCCGUGCUCCAGAACAGCAAAGACGAAGCCCUCAGCAACGCCUUCAAGGGAGACCCUGGCAGCUGCAUGGCCUCGGCCGGGGGGGCGGCCGACGGCAGCCUGCAGGAACUCACCAAGCUGGUCAUCGGUGAGGUCAAGAGCCUGCCGGGCAACAGGCAGUGCUGCGACUGCGGGGCCCCAGAUCCCACGUGGCUCUCCACCAACCUGGGCAUCCUGACGUGCAUCGAGUGCUCGGGCAUCCACCGCGAGCUGGGCGUGCACUAUUCCCGCAUCCAGUCCCUGACCCUGGACGUUCUCAGCACCUCCGAGCUGCUGCUGGCAGUCAGCGUUGGGAACGCUCGCUUCAACGAGAUCAUGGAGGCCACGCUGCCGGCGCAGGGGAAUCUGAAGCCAUCAUCAGGCAGUGACAUGACCCUGCAGCCAGGCACGGGCAGUGGUGUCUGCCAUGCCCCGGCUGAGAUGGCACCUCUAUGCCCCCUGCCCCGCAGGAGCGCCAGGAAAGAAUAUAUCGUGGCCAAAUACAUGGAGCGCAAAUUCGUGCAGAAGACGGGCAGGGAAGACCCUCACCGGCUCUGGGAGGCUGUCCGCAGCCGGGAUGUCUUGGCGCUGCUCCAGGCAUUUGCAGAAGGGCACGACCUAGGCAAACCUCUGGCAACCCCCGACGGCCAGGACCAGGGCGAGCUGGCUCUGCACGUGGCCGUGCGAUAUGCAGACAAGUCCUCCCUGCCGCUGGUGGACUUCAUCAUCCAGAACGGGGGGAACCUGGACAAGGCGACCCUGGAUGGGAGCACGGCCCUGCACUACAGCGCCCAGUACAACCAGCCCAACUGCCUCAAGCUGCUGCUGAAAGGGAAGGCAGCUCUCAGCCCAGUGAACACGGCCGGAGAGACAGCCUUGGACGUGGCAAAGAGACACAAACACACUGAGUGCGAGGACCUGCUGGAGCAGGCGCAGGCUGGGAAGCUGAACCUGCAGCUGCACGUGGACUACGACUGGGAGGCCCCGCAGGAGUACGCCUACGACAGCGAGGAGGAGCUGGAGGAGAAGGUCAGCCCGCUGCAGCGAUCGUUCAAGUCCACGUCGUCGCCCACCACGGGCCAGCCCGGCCUCGCCUCCCAGAACCGGUGGAGCUGCACGGGCAUGGACAUCACCAACAAGACCUACGAGACCAUCCUGGUCCCCUCGCGGCCCAGCCCCCGGCGCUCAAACAGCGAGGAGAUUCCCCCGCCGCUGCCGGUCAAAAACCCUGCCAGGGGGGGCCCCCGCACCAAGCCCGAGCUCCCACGCCAAACCUCCGAGCCCCAAGCCAGCAGCUCACUGGAGGCCCCCGCCGUCCGAAACCUGUCCACAUCCAGCGCUCCGGCCACCUUGGACAGUGGAGCUGGCCGGCAGCUCUCCACCUCCCUGAGCCCCACGGAGACCUGGCGCGCGGCCUACUGGGAAACCCACGUGGAGAUGGAAAGCAGCGCCCAGCGGAGGGGGGCUGAGACCAGCCAGGCCACGGUGCCACCGCCGGAGGCUGGCACGUCCCCGGAGCAAGUGCAGCUCAACCCUGUCAAGUUCAGAUCAGAGAGCACCCGCUCCUACCGGCGCAUCAGCGGCAGUGCAGGGGGCAAAGCCCCCAGCUCGGCCCCCGCCCCGCACAGCUCGGCCACCCCCGAGGACCUGCCUCUGAGCAAGGCACCAAGUCCUGCCCCUGUGCCCAUGCCCAGGAGGUUUGCUCCGGCCAAGGUGAGGCAGAAGAGGGUGAAGGCUCUGGUGGACUGCAAGAGCGACCGAGCCCGGGAGCUGACCUUCUCCAAGGGCGAGGUGAUCGUGGUGACCCGUGAGGAGGAUGAGCAGAGCUGGGUCGGCUUCAUCGAAGGAGACGGCUCCAGAACGGGCGUCUUCCGGGCCAGCUCCGUCCACCUGCUGCAGGACUGAAGGGUGUCCGCCUCCCUUCUCCUGCAGCGCAGAGGGGCGGAGAGCUCUCCUUGGACCUGGCUCGCUGCACCCUCACCCGAGCCCUGCGUGCUCCUCACUUUCCUCACCCCCUCCUGACCUGGCCCGCCGGAGACUGGGCACUGCAGCAUGUGGGGCCGGAGCCGGAGCUGGGUGGAAACCCCCCGCUGUGAUCCUUCUCUUGGACAGCAUCGCUUUAGGACCAGCGUGGGUCUCUCGUGCUGGGUCAGGCCGGCUCUGCCCAGCCUUGCAGCUUGCUGGAGGAACCGGACCACAGGGUCCCGUGUCUGAAUCAGCCUGGGAGAAGCCCCCUGGCCCUGGCACAGCUGAGGGCAUGGGGGGUGGUGAGCUGACCAAGGGGUUUCAGACUCCUGCCGCAGCUGGUUAGGAAGCAGAGAACCGGCAAGCUCAGUGCACAGGUGGGGUAAUAGUUUUUCACCUCUCCAUCCCUCCCGUCCUUCGCCCACUUUGUGACUCCAAGGAGGAAUGUGGACUCCUGCUCUCUCCUCCGGGGGCUUCCUUAGGGUUGUUUGAGGUGGGGUUCGCCUGCCUCUUACCACCCUCCCCUGGUGCGAGCGUGAGAGCCCUGCUGGGCCUGGGGGCUGCUGGGGGCACCUCCUUCCCCUGCCCCAGUCCUGCAGCACCCCCGGCUCAUAAAGGCAGGGCAGGGAAGGUCCGUCCUGCCGUGGGAGUCCUUCCUGUGGCCACCCGAGGGGCUACCCCCAUGCUCCUGAUUGCUGGUCCCCUUUCCUAGCGACCCCCCCAGACAGAAGAAUGUAUCAGCACGACCGCCCCGUCCCGACUGCCUUCCCCACCGCCCGGCGCGUCCCCGCGAUGCUCCAGACCAACGUGCCUACGGGGGCUACAGAAACCGGUGUGCCCGUAGCCACGUGGGCUGCUAAGUUUGGGGCACCCGACUGUGACCCUCGUGCUGAGUCCAGUGCCUGGGGUUGGACUAAAGCAUUUCAAUUCCUAUGAGACCAAACUGUUACGGGGGAGGGCAUGGCUCAUGUCAUGCAAAGGGUUAAUCCCCAGGAUCGCCCCCUUCCCCACUUCUCCAAAUAGCCCAGGAACUGCCUGUGGCCCUUUCUGUUUCCUGCCGCAGGAAAUGAGGUUGCGAUGUCUUGGCCCCGCGGCUCUGCCGUUCCUCCCUGCUCCGGGACGAUGGAGACGCCGGUCUCCUCCGGCGGCAGCCCCUCGGUUGCCCUUGAGUUGUCCGUGCCCUGCCUCCUCAGUGCAAAUACUUGAAGGGAAGGGAAGGAGCUGGGCAGGUGCCUCACUCCUGAUCCUUACCAGAGGUGCCCAGAUGGCCCUCUGCCCCGUCGGUGGCACGCACCCAGGAGGAGCCGACCUGGGCGUCUGGUGGCACCGAGGAUAACCCAGCUUCAUGUCUCCCGUGCAUCUCCUCCACCCACCCUGGAACUGUGAAACACUAUUUUUUUUAACUAGGAAAGUGCUAUUUUUGGUGCUCACAGCCACGUCCGUGUCAGGCCGGGCUCAGACCGGAGUUGGGGGGCGGCUGGAUUCAGACACAGACGUCUUUCAGCCCCGUGGCUGGAGGAAGUUGUUGGGUAGCGGAGCCUGGCCCGGGUUUGAGAGCCGUGGCUGGAGCGAGGCGUCUCUAUUGAGGCUCAGGGGGAGAUACAGACCCAGUGGUUCUCCAGACAUUCAGGUACAGAUUUGGAUCUGGAUUAUGACCCCACUUCCCAAAGGCCUGGGGCGCUGGUUGAAGGCCCUUUUGAACGUACAGAUUUUCCACCGCCGCCUCUUUUCAAUCCCACGAGGCUCGGAGACAGCCAGGGAGUCUCUGUCCCUUGCCGAAGAGGGGUCAGGCUGCUACUUGGUUCUGCAAUCACUAGGACCAAUGCUUCCUACUCGUACGAGCUUCCCUGGGGAUAUGUGGGAUCAAACCGCCUUAUGUUAUCAUUGUAAAGGGGCUUUUUUUCACUGAAUAUUUCAUUGCAGAAGGGGCAUUUUAUUGCUUUCCCUUUUGAUUUGGAAUAAAAUUGAUUUUUAAAAAAAUAAAUACAA